AUGAAGUUCGAUAUCUUCGGGAGAGGGCGCACAUUGCGUAUGGCAGUGACCUUUACCUGUGAAAUCUCUUUUAUCUUCUUUGGCUAUGAUCAAGGACUCUUCGGCGGAAUCAUCGGCAAUGAAAACUUCCUCCAGGCCGUUGGCAACCCUGGCGACAGUGUCACAGGUAUCAUGCUCAGUAUCUACAAUCUGGGCUGCUGUGCUGGAUGUCUCUUGAAUUUCCUAUAUGGCGAUUACUUUGGUCGACGAAGAGUGAUGUGGAUUGCCAUGGCAUGGAUUCUGGUCGGUGCUGCAUUGCAGACGUCAUGCUUCAGUCUGGCACAUCUGAUGGUUGGACGAUUCAUCUGUGGCAUUGGGACGGGCAUCGAGACGUCGACUGUUCCCAUGUACCAGGCGGAGAUGUGCGAGGCAUCCAAGAGAGGUCGUCUGGUCUGUUCAGAAGUUAUUUUCAUCGGACUGGGACUUGUCGUUUCAUACUUCUUUGAUUAUGGCAUGAGCAGCGUCGACGGAUCUCUUUCAUGGAGACUGCCGGUUGGAUGCCAAAUGAUCUUUGCUUUGAUCGUGAUAGCCAUGGUGUUUGGUCUGCCAGAAUCCCCUCGGUACCUAUACAGCAAAGGUCGAAACGAUGAAGCAAUCCGAGUACUCUGCGAUGUUUACGACAAGGAGGUCGACGACGAGAAAAUCCUGCGAGAACAAACGGACAUCCUGGAUGCUCUGCAGCUGGAAACCAAUGCGAACGAAUAUUCGUUUCGGAAGAUCUUCAAGAAGGACGAGGUGCAAACCGGCAAGCGCGUUCUUCUUGCGUAUGGAAUGCAGUUUAUGAACCAGGCUGGAGGCAUCAAUCUUGUCGUGUACUAUGUUCCUACUGUGUUGGAAAACAAUGUCGGCUUGACUCGAGAUCUAUCGUUGAUCCUCAGUGGAUGCAUCCAAUGCAUGUUCUUCCUCGGUGCCUUUGUCCCGUCCUUCUUCGUCGACCGUCUAGGACGCCGUAAGCCCAUGAUGUGGGGAUCCUUUGGCCUGGGGAUUUCGAUGAUGAUGAUUUCUAUCCUGCUCAGCUUCAAGGGAACAUCGAUUGAGCAUCCAGCAGCCUCUGCCAGUGUGGCCUUUUUCUUCACCUUCACCCUCAUCUACAGUGCAUCUGCGAGUGCCAUUCCUUGGUGCUACGUGCCUGAGAUCCUGCCUCUACAUGCUCGUGCAAAGGGAACUGCAAUUGGUGUCUCGUCCAACUGGCUUUGGAACUUUGUCAUUGUCAUGAUCACACCCGUCAUCAUCAGCCGACUGCAGUGGAAAGCCUACCUCAUCUUCAUGUGCACCAAUCUCGCCUUCGUGCCACUCGUUUACUUCUGCUACCCCGAGACAUCCAACUUGACCCUGGAAGAGAUCGACCUGCUGUAUCGUGAACACGGUACAUCAGCACGCAUUGUCGCUGACCGAUACCAGAAGGGAAUCAAGGCCAGACGGAACGGUGUUGUGGAGGUGGAUAUUGAACGCAAGGCUGUCGAGGGAGUCCAACCUGAGGUUUUCCACGAUGAGGGUAAAUCGAUAUAA